AUGUGUCGGAUUGUGCGCUGGCGACACACUCACCUUAUAUAUGACAAUUGUUUCACUCUAUGCCGAUACAGCACGCCCUCUUUUGAGUCAAGCAUGACGGCCUGUUUGAGACCCUCACCUCCAAGAAGGGAGGACGAUAAGAGGAUUGGAAUGAGCGAGCUUGCUGAAGUUGACGAGCUGUACAACCAAAAGACUGCGCAAUGGAAGCGUGAUGCGCGUGCAAAAGAGAGGAGAGAGCGCGACCAGCUGAAGGCUGAGUAG